CGCACACACACAGAGCCCACAGUGUCUUUUUGGAUGUUAUUAUCCUCACAACGAAACUGGAUGCUGUAUUGGUUGUGUGCGCCUUGCAUGGAUGAGCAACAAUUUUGCGAGGAGACUAUUUUUAAUGCGGUGUUUUCCUUCUCUGUCUCUCUCUUUCUGUCUUUCUCUCUGCAUGGAUCCGGACUUUGAAUCGCUGUCUUGCUCGGUAAUGUUAAGACUUGGGAAGCAGAGCUGAAUCGGAGAGGAGAGGCGGGGAGAGCAGCGGCGUGUCUUGUGUUGGAGACUAAACGCUGCCGCAGCACACACACACUGACUGGAUGACACAGAAUUGGGAAUAUGACUUACAAGUUUGCAGAGCUCAUGAGACGGAUCGGGAUCUUUCUGCAGACGGUGAGCUCUCUCGCAGCCAAUGCCAACAUGGGUGUUGACUGAUUGGGAGAGAGUAUCCCUGCACUGUUUGAUAUGAUAAUGCACUUGUGAGGAUUUUUAUCGCUCUCAGUCAUUCCUGGACCAUGCAGAUUCUGCCGCCGAGGACGUUAUUUGUGUUACUAGCCCAUGCACACGUGUUAUCAUCUCUGAGAAAUAAUGAAGACAUACGAACUAGAGAAAAUAACAGCAGCACAUACUAUACCCGGACCUUCCAUGGGGCUGCCCGGGAGAGUGUCCAAGCCAAAGCCCGGGACCAUGCGCUCUCGGCGGGCUACGCCACAGGUGCGACCUUUAACUCCACUUAUCCUUGGAAAAGGGUAAUUGCAGGAGAGACGUGGCGAAUCGGACACGGCAAACACGACAUAAAUAGGACUGUAACACCCAUGGAGAAUCCCAACGCUGCCCCACAUUGGGACCCGUCGCGUCACCAUAAUAAGAGGAGAAAGUUGAAUGGCGGACUUAGUAGUACGGGGACGCCAGCAGGUGGACACUACAAUGCGUAUAAACCCUCUUCAAUGAGCCGGGGAGGAGGAGGGGGAUACGGGGAGAGCGACAGGCACAAGAGGGGCACAAAAGACGAGCAAAAGAAAGGCUGGAAGAGGGGGAGAAACCGGCUGAACAAAAGCUCAGUGGUUUUGGCUCAGCCUCAUGCGUCGCCGUGGGAACCCAUUCCGAAGCCGGUGGCCCUCACCUCCACCGACCUGCCCUUUGACCUCUUCACCAGGAGGCCCGAGCACUUCACUUUCAGAGAGGAGAACCCAUGGGACGCCACGCCGAUGACCCCUCCCAACUCGCAGGAUUUCGGGGACGAGAUCAGGAAUCCCUUUUAUCCGGUGACGAGCGAGACUUACGGCGCUUACGCGAUCACGUGCGUCUCCGGGGUCAUUUUCCUGGUGGGCAUUGCGGGCAACAUCGCCAUCCUGUGCAUCGUGUGCCAGAACUACUACAUGAAGAGCAUCUCCAACUCUCUGCUGGCUAACUUGGCCGUCUGGGAUUUUGUGCUCAUCUUCUUCUGCCUGCCUAUGGUGGUUUUCCAUGAGCUGACCAAGUCCUGGCUGCUGGGGGAGUUCACCUGCAAAGUGGUGCCCUAUGUGGAGGUGGCUUCUCUGGGUGUGACCACCUUCACCCUUUGCGCUCUGUGCAUUGACCGCUUCCGUGCCGCCACCAAUGUCCAGAUGUACUAUGAGAUGAUCGAGAACUGCACCUCCACCACGGCCAAGCUGGCAGUCAUCUGGAUCGGCGCUCUCCUCCUGGCCCUCCCGGAGCUCCUCAUUCGACAGCUGGUCGCAGAAGACACAGGAAUCCCGGAUGAGCCUCCCGUGGAACGCUGCAUUGUCAGGAUAUCGACCUCACUUCCUGACAUGCUCUACGUCUUGGGGCUGACCUAUGAGGGCGCCCGGCUGUGGUGGUGUUUCGGCUGCUACUUCUGCCUCCCCACCCUCUUCACCAUCGGGUGCUCACUGGUGACGGCACGCAAGAUCCGUCGCGCCGAGCAGGCCAGCGUGCGCAGCAACAAGAAGCAGAUCAGGCUGGAGAGCCAGAUGAACUGCACAGUGGUGGCGCUGGCCAUCGUGUACGGCGCGUGCGUGGUGCCAGAGAACAUCUGCAACAUCGUCUCAGCAUACAUGGCGGCCGGGGUCCCCGAGCACACCAUGUCUGUCCUCCAUCUUCUCUCUCAGCUGCUGCUCUUCUGCCGGGCCGCGGUGACGCCUGCUCUGCUGCUUCUCCUGUGUCGCCCACUUGGCAGGGCUUUCCUGGACUGCUGCUGUUGCUGCUGCUGCUGUAACCAUGCACCCUCCUCGGCCACAGCCAGUGAUGAUAACGAACACGAGUGCACCACCGAGUUGGAGCUGUCACCAUUCAGCACUAUCCGCAGGGAGCUUAGUAACUACACCCCUGCUGGCUCCAACUGCUAAAGUGACAUUCCUCUUCGGGGAUGAUUUUUCUAGCCUGCUUUUAGCUUGUGGCUAGUGGUUCUCAGACUGAGCUAAUAGAGAUUGCUUCUCCCUAGUCAUAUUUUGAAAUGGAUGGAGUUGAGUAAUCACAUUGGGCUAGUGUUCCCAAGCCCUCACCUUCCAUCCCUUAUCUUAAUACUGUACAUUUGCAGUGACUGUAUAACUCUUGUGUGUUUUUUUUUUUUUUUUCCAGGCAAGCUAACAAAGAGCAGACUUUGGUUUUCAUUCAUGCCCUGGGGUGCUCUUAAAACAGGGUCAGUACUCAAGGAACAGAUCUUUACAGUAACUACACACUGGUCAUGUCCAACUGUCCAGCAAUCCUGUCUUAAACCUUUAAAAACCUAAAAAACCUCCCUGCUGAAGACCUUGUAUGCCUAAAUAUCUCCUUUGGUCAGUGGGGGAGUUCCCCUUCUCCUGUCUGAUUGAUGUCUGGUUCCUCACAUGGGGUUUAAAAUCAGGUUAAUUACUCUUAGGAUCACAAUAUUACUGUGUUUCCCACAGGCUUUUAUGUAGAGUUGGCACCAGAACAGACUGUACAGUACAUGCAUUACAACAGGUUCUGUAUUGUAUCUAAAACUGGCAAACCUAUGUGUGAAGGGCCUCUUUGAUGAUAUAUAUGUAUAGUAAACUAUACUGUAGAGACCAGAGGAGAAACUAUCAUUGCCAACUACCUUUCAAAUAUGUGACUGCUGAAGUGAUGGGGCCAGAGCUCACUGAUCAGAGAGACUAACCUUGUAUGAUAAAUGAAAUGCACGAUGCAACUGCAGGUUCACACUGCCUAUAGAAAUACAACACUCAGUUUACAAACUAUAUCCACUGUCCAGUACACGUACAUCUCUUAUAAUGAUGCGCACAUGCGUAGCCUUUGCGGCGAGGGAAUUCCGCUUUUGUCCAAUAAGAUAUGAGCGCAGAGUGUCUCCACAGUAACAAGACUUUGCCGGUAACAUAUAGAGAACACACACACCCCCCACUCCCCACCCUUCUUCUUUUGGGAAUACAAAUGUACACAGCAACAAUAUGCCGAAAGACAUCCGGCUAACUCAGUAGAGAUAUGACUGGGCUGGUCUCAGAAAAAAAAAGGAAAAAUGGACUUGAAUGGAGGGGACUGAAUGGAAUGGAGUGGGAUGGAAUGGAAUACAGGAAUAAAAUUGAAUGGAAUUAAUUGAAAGCAAUGGAAUAUAACACCGUGGAGUAUGAAUUGAACGGACUCAGUAUAGACUGGACUCUGGAAAAAAAAAAUAUUCUGCACUAUACUGUCGCAUCAUGUUACGCCUUACACUUUGGGCUGUAUAUAUACUGUACACUUUCUUCGGUGCUCUUAUGAUGAAUGUGCUGUAAACAACAAAUCCAUCGGUUCGACUUAGAAACACAAGCAGUUGAGCUGAGCCCCAUGUUUCUUGUCAAGACAAGCUCCACUUAUCAAUAACUGUGGGGGAAACACAGCCAGUCCUGAUGUGGGGGAGAAAAAAAAAAAAGCUUGAUUUUCACUGAGCUGCCACAGCGACAGUUGGAAGGGACAGCCUGACUCCUCUUUUGAGCGACCAUUGUUUAAGUAGUGUAUUAUCUUUCACCUAUACUGCCCUUCCUGGCUUCUUUGGACGUGCAUCUCUUUACUUUGAGUGAUGGUUGUUUGACAGAUCAGUCGCAAGUACGUCAGCCUGGAGCUCGAAACGCAUGGCAAAACUAUGAAUUCCACAGUCUCUCGUUCCUUUGCCUCUGUUUUCGUUUGCAGUUUGAUUACUUGAGUUUUUAAGUAGAACCCAUGAAAUGGUUUUUCACAGUGCAUCAAUUUGCAAGUGUAUUGUACUGUAAAUCUGUUUUCUUAAUCCUACUCAUCAGACUUGGGCCAAAACAAGGUUCAAACCACUGUAUGAUCGAUUGAAUAAAACGCAGGGAAUUCAAUUGUUGCUGAAAAUUGAGCAGCCCAGUUAUUUGGUAGCGGCUUCUAAGGCAAAUACUGUAGAUGCUAGAAGUAUAUGGAAAUGGGCAGAUGACACAAAUUCAACUUGGCUUUUUAGGUUUAGGAAUGGCGCAGUGCUUUUGAGACAACAAGGAUCGUCAAAAUCAUGCUGAAAAAAAAAAGCCUUUAAAUAUAAACUGGAGACUUGUGCUUAAAUCAGGGUAAGAUUUUUUUUCUUAAAUAAUUAAAUGUGGCGAACACAAUUGUAAUGACCCAGGUGUGAUGUUCAGUGGUAUACUGUAUAUUGCGAUGAAUCUUUUGCAUACAAUUCUGCACUGCCAAACACCUUUUAUCUGUCUGUCUCUUGUGCUCUUGUGGUUAGUAGCACACUAUCUCUGGGUGUCUCUCUCUCUCUCCCUCUGUCUCUCUCUCUCUCUCUCACUCACUCUCUCUCAGGAUGGGGGUCGAUCUGCUCUCAAUUCCAUCAAUUCAGACAGAGGGCUUUCAUCACAGUGCAUAAAUCAUCUAAAGUUUGAUUCCCAUACGCAUCCGCGGGACUGUGAGGCACUUUGGAUGAUUUUCCCUGCCAGAGCCACCCACACGCUGAGGGCAGCAGCCUUUUGGCUGUAGUGCGCUCCGCUUUAUGAGCUCUGCUUGCUCCAGGUGUCUGUGGCUUCAGGUUGGAGCGGCCUGCACUUCUUCAAGUUAAUAGAGGAAACUGACAGGAACAUAGCAGCUCUUCACCACAAUGCCCUGCAGCACCUUCACUGGCAUAAAAUGUUUGACAGCGCUUUUUAUUAGGAUAUUGGGUGUGGCGGGGCAAUGAAGACAGCUGUCCUGGGACCUUAGUCUAUAUACACUUGUUACUGCCAAGCCUUUCCUGUUAAAUCUUCCCGCAAACUUAAGAAUGAUUUUUUUGUAAUUACUUAUGAGCCAUGAGAAAAUCUUUAUUUACUACCUGGCUUUUGAUGGAACUGAAGCAAAUUGACCUCCUCACCCCGAGUAUCUUUCUCUGCAUAUUUCUGGGAGUAUUGCUCAUUCUAAAUGGCUCAGUGUGUAGUAACGUGGUUCAAAAUAUUGAUGAAGUGAUUCUUGUAAAUCAGUCAGUGAGACGUUUGUUCAAAACUUUGUGAGUAUCCUCUUCACUCUGAACAAAAUGUGUCUGUAUUUGAUACCUGAAAAUGUAAGCACACAACCACUAUUGUCUCUAAGUCUAGUCACUGGUUUCUAAAUAGCUUUUUAUAUAGCCAAAAAAAUGUCCUUUUGUUUAUCAAAGAACUUUAUCUUGAAAACUGUAUAUUAAAAUCCUACAUGUA